AUGCGAUCGACUUCAGUCCUCAUCGUGGGCGCAGGCCCAACUGGCCUCAGUUUGGCUCUCGAACUAUUUGUCCAGCAAGUCCCAUUCAUCCUAAUCGACCCUCUAUUCACACGUUCACCUCAUUCUCGCGCUCUAGUCCUCCAAAGCCGUUCCCUUGAACUUCUCUCCCGGCACCCCUCCCUCGUAUCGAAUCUCCUCCCCCUCUGCAAACAAAACCUCGGGUUGAGUUUCUACGUCAAUCGAAAGAAAGCGUUAGAGGUGGAUCUGAACAAGGAAAGUAUGGGAGUAGUCGAUACAGAGUACUUAGGACCGUAUUUUGUCAGCCAGAGCGAAACGGAACUAUGUCUUGAAAGACAAUUAGAAGAAUACGGAGGCAAAGUCGAGAGGGGAACAAAAGCUACAAGCAUUGUUCAGGAUGACAAUGGUGUUUCGGUUCGGGUCAGGAAAAUCAAGCAAGAUGGGUAUGAAGAACCCAAUGAAGAGGAGAUACGCUGUCAAUACAUUGCCGGAUGUGAUGGUUCACAUUCAAUGGUUCGGAAAUCCGCCGAUUUGAAGUUCGAAGGUUCUGCAUACGCAUCGGAUUUCUUACUCGCAGAUGUGAAACUGAAAUGGGAUUAUGCACCCGAUCGAAUGACCCUAUUAAUGGGUAGCGAAUUUAUGAUGUGUAUACCACUCAAAGAUGGAGCAUAUCGACUUGUGUUGGGUGUUCCUGCUCUUAAGAACGGAGAGUCAGACUACGGAGAAUCACAAGAUGAUGGACCUACUCUUAGAGAAUUCGAAGGAGCUUUCCAAAGACUUGCUACGGGAAACAUACAACUCGAGGAUCCUCCUAUGUGGAUCACUCGAUUUAAACUCCAUCAUCGAAUUGCCGAUUCUUUUCGCAAUGGACGUAUAUUUGUCGCUGGAGACGCAGCGCAUAUCCAUUCACCAGCUGGUGGUCAAGGAAUGAAUACAGGUAUUCAAGAUGCCAUCAAUCUCGGAUGGAAACUCGGCAUGGUCCUUCGCAAAGAGAAGAAAGAUGCCUUCCUCGACUCCUACAGCAUUGAACGUCGACGCGUCGGCAACAAUCUUCUCAAAGGCACAGAUCGCAUCUUCGAAUUUAUGACUACGUCUAAUCCUAUCUAUCUCUACAUACGCAAUACCUUAUUUCCAUGGUUAGCUCCAAUUGCCUUCAAAGAGGGCGCAAAUCGAGCUAGGAGAUUUCGUUUCGUUUCGCAGCUUGGGAUAAAAUAUCGUCAUUCGUCGAUCUGUAAAACUGCGAGUGCAUAUUACGGGCCUAGAAGAGGAGGCGAUCGCGUGCCAGAUGGAAGAAUUAUCCUACCGGGAACACUUGAAACGACGAAUUUGUACUCUUUAUUUAAAGGGCCUACGCAUCAUUUACUACUUUUUUCGGGGUUAGGGAAAGGGAGUAUGAAUGCGGAAGAAUUACUGGAGACGGUUGGGACGGAUUUUCCGGAGAAGGAGAGGAGUUGGUUGCAGAUUCAUAGGAUUGUUAGUGAAGAGAAGAGAGCAAAAGAUGAUAUUUGUGAUGAAGGCGGUAUUCUGCAUGAGAAGUAUGGGUUUGCGACGGAGCCCGGUUAUGUGUUUGUAAGACCGGAUGCGUAUAUUGGGUAUAUUGGGACGAUGAAGGGGUUAGCGGAAUGGAAGGCGAGUUUGCUUUUGUGA